UGCCGCGUAUAUCGACCGGCAAACGGGUCGCGGGUGCGCGCCGACUGGCUCAGUCUACACAGAGCCGCCGACCUCGUCCCGCGUCUCCACAGGCACACGAAUGACAGCCGUCGAUAUUCCAACAACAAAUCGUCGUUCCUCAUGCUAAUAAAAUAUAAAUCGACUAAGCAUACCCGAGCAUCGCAGUCUACAUAAACUGUACCGAGGUCAAACGUCGACCACGAGUGCUAAUAAGACAAAAGAUUUGUUGUGUCAUGUGAAAGUGCUAUGCUGGGUUGCAGUUCUUCAGGCGGCUGUUCAGACGGUGCUGGAGAAGUGUUUGAGGAUAUGUUAACAUGGUGCAUUUAAAGAUAUUUACAAACAACAAAACAGGAUUAUAUAUAUAUUUCUGUCUAUUCUAAUAAAGCAAUGACUGUGAUGUAGAGAUGCUAUUCGGAAGAAGCAAUGCCACGAAAGAAUUUAUUGUUUAAAAUGUGCUAGUCGAUUAUAAUUCGAUGGAAACCGCAUGGAGUCGCGUGCGCAGAUGAGUCAAUCGCUGCCCACCAAACACCACCGGCCUGAGGCAACCUACAGGAGUUGUUCGCAAUCUUUGCCACUCGAUAUUCUAUGGUUGCCCCGAUCGUCGUUCCGGCCGGCAGAGGGCGAGCUGGCGGACUGCGUGCUGGUGGUGGGGGUGUCGCGGCCCAAGCUCGCCGCGGCCCUCCUCUCCGUCACGCUGCUGUCGCUCUUCCUCACUUUUCAUGUGCUUUACGACAGCGCUCUCUAUAGUAUACAGGCGGCAAGCUUGGCAUCGGCCGCGAGCGAAAACCGUAAGAUCUUACAGAAUCAAGAAAGCCACAGUCGGACCAUUAAUCAUCCAAUGGCGCUAAGGAAAAGGCUACGUGCACCCCGCCAACCCCGGCCGGCACGCAGACUCCCUCAGGCAUUAAUAAUUGGUGUACGGAAAUGUGGUACUCGUGCUCUAUUGGAAAUGCUAUACCUCCAUCCGAUGGUCCAAAAAGCUUCAGGAGAAGUUCACUUUUUUGAUCGCGAUGAGAACUACGCAUUAGGAUUGGAAUGGUAUAGAAGCAAAAUGCCUUUAUCUUUUAAAGGACAGAUUACAAUUGAGAAGAGUCCGAGUUACUUUGUUACUCCUGAGGUACCAGAGCGAGUGCGAGCAAUGAAUUCUUCGGUUCGGUUGCUCCUGAUAGUCCGAGAACCAGUUACUCGGGCGAUUUCCGAUUACACGCAACUACGAAGUCGAGCCACUCCAUCAGCACCUGCACAACCAUUGGCUCCGGGUCAUCCAUUGCCUGAUGCUGCGAAGCCUUUCGAACAUUUAGCAAUUUCGCCAGAUGGUUCAAUAAACAUGGCAUAUAGACCAAUAGCAAUAUCUUUAUAUCACGCUUACCUUCAUCGAUGGCUAGAAGUAUUUCCAAGGGAGCAAAUUCUCGUGGUGAACGGUGAUUUAUUGAUUGAAGAUCCAGUACCACAAUUACGCCGUAUUGAGAAAUUUUUAGGAUUGGAGCACAAAAUAGGACGAAAGAACUUUUACUUCAAUGAAACCAAAGGUUUCUAUUGCUUACGAAAUGAUACCACGGACAAAUGUCUACGGGAAACUAAAGGACGUAAGCACCCAAGAGUAGAUCCAGCAGUCGUCACAAAAUUGAGAAAGUUCUUUAUCCAGCACAACCAGAGGUUCUAUGAUUUAGUUGGCGAGGAUCUCGGAUGGCCAGAAGACUAGUUUAUAAAUAAAUCCAUCUACUAAUCUGCAAUUGAUGGAGACACCCUAUCGUUGUGAUCAAAUACAUAUCAAUGUAAUAAUACACAUCAAUAAUACAUAUCACUAGUUAAUAAGUUUUUUAAAUCGUUUAUGUAUACAUCUAGCGUAAAUUAGAAUAGUACUUACACUUAAAUUUAUUUAUAACUGUGGUUUACAACCAUGUAGAAAAUUAUAAAAUUCGACGCAAAAUUUUAAUAUUCUAAAUUUAAAGUUUUGUUUUUUAUUUUGUAUCUUUAAUACGUAUAAUUUUUUUUUUUGCAAUUAAUGAAAGGGAACAAUAUUAUAAAUUUGAAAAAACCCAGUAAACUUAGACAUCUUGAAAGAAAAUUUCAAAAGUCAUUUUUAAUAAUCAUAAAUAUUUGUUAUUUAAUACAAGAUAAUGAUGAAAGUAUCUAGGUAUUUUGUUUCGAACCACUGAAAGGAAAUCUAUCUUAGCUAUUUUAAAUAUCUCGAUUUCGGAUAAUAUUCAUACUAUUUUGAAAACGUUUUAGUUGAUAUAGAUUUCAUGUACCAUGGAAUUAAGACUUAUAUUUUAUAAUUUAUUAUCUGAUCUUACAGGUAUUCUUCGAUAUAUCUCUUUUUUACCUACCUUUAUAGUCGUAACCUAUGAACACUUACUCGUUUCAGAAACUAAACUUUUCUCUAAGGUAGAACAUUCUGUUUGAUUGUUUAACAUAUUUUACAAAAUACCAAAAUAUUGUCUAAUUUUACUGGGUAACAAUCUAAAUAAUAAUUUUGAAAAUUAAUUUAAUUAUACGUCAUUAUCGUAGCUCUAUUUGUUUAUUCUAAACGUUGUUUGUAUUAGGAGUAAUUACCAGCAGUGAAUACGCACUGAUUUGAUAGACCGACCCACCGAAACCUUGAGCAAUAUAUUUUUAUAUAUACCUAAUUAAAUAUUAUGUGCAACUUUUAUAUUUAUACAAUGUUUAUUAUACAGAUUAAAAUAUUUUUACUGUUUAUGAUCAUUUCCGUUUUAAGAAAUAAUUAUUUAUAUAGGUGUAAAAAUCAGAAUUAUGUAUUAAAUAAUAAUUAAAUUCGACAAGAAUGAAUGUUGUACAAUUUUCGCUUUCUCUUUUUAGAUGUCGUGAUUUGAUCGUGCUGUGUGACAUAACGUGUAUAACUGUAUUUUGUUGUUAGUGUAUGUGAUUUUCUCGAGUCUUAGGCAAAAUAUUUCAUAUUGCAAACACAAAAUCUACAAUUGAAAAUAAAAUUAGUAUAGUUGUAUUAUUAUUGAAUUCGUCUCGUUUCUGUAGAACAAAAGUUGUAAGCUAUUAGUCUCCAAAUAAAUCUGUGUGUCUCUUAAAUAAUAUAUGACUGUAUACUUUUUCUAAAUCUUGUUCUCAAAACUUGUUGUAUGUGGUGGUAAAUGCAUAGGAAAUUAGUUUACACGCUGAUUCUAACGAUAAUUUUAAAACUUGGAGAGGUAUGAAUUCGACGCGGGUUUUAGAAGUAUUCUAUUUAAGUGUAACGUCCAAGACUGAAGAGUUAGUUGAUUAAGUCUAAGUAAUACCUAUUUAGCAUAAAAUGUCCAUAGGUAAUACGUAAAACAGCGGCAAUGUUGCAAGCCCUGAUAUAAAAGAUUAUCAAACAUUUUAAUUUGUUAAGAUCGAAAUCAUUUAAAUUCGAUAAGGAUAUCCUAGUAGAACGUUUGCUUCCAAAUCCAAAUUUCAAAGUCAACGAAUAUUUAUAAACAUGUUUUUAUAGAUCCAAAUAAAAUUUGCUACAUUUAUUGGGCGCUUCGCGGCAUUCCACUAAUGUGAUUGUAGCGACAUAUAGUCGUUACAUCUAAUUUAUUAAGAGCACCAAGCUGCUAGAAUUUGAUACAAGUUGUUCAAAUACAAACAAUCAUGAUUAAUUUAAAUAUAUCUAUUUUGCAUUCACUUUUAAUUUAAACCUGGACUAAAACCUCUUAAUAUAAUAUUCUUUUAUUAACUUAUGAUAUCAUUAUGUAGGUAGGUAAUUAUAAUAUAUAUAGUAUAAUACUUUUUAGAUAAAUACUAAGUAACAAAGAAAGAAAUACCGGGUAACUAGGUAACUAUUAAAACAUAUUUAAUGAUGCCGUAUUGAUUUUGACAUUUAUUAUGAACACGGAUGUUAUGUGAUUAAAUAUCCCUUAAUAACUGUUCCCAAAAAUAAAUCAUUACUAAAAUCAAAUUAUAUAAGCUUUGUGUAUGUUAAUUUGUUUGCUACGUUUAUAGUGCGAAAUGGGGUAGGUAAACAUUUGAUGUUUCUAGCGUCACUGCGCUCUAUUGUAAACUCUUACUAACAAACGAACAGUACAAAUAGAUACUAAUACAUACAUAUUAUUAAAAUUUGGGACUACUAAAACAAAAGAAUGGACUAUUUUAUAAUCAAUUAUUGAUAUAUAAUAGUCAGAUAUAUAAUCUGACUAUUGUAUCGAUAUUUACUGCGAUAUAUUACGACACCUAGAUUUUUUUAACUAUUUAUUCAAUUUACUUAUUCUAUACACAGUUCAGUUGUGUGUCAUAUCCAAAAAUCUCACAGGGUUUAUCUAUUUAUCAGCGAGUCUGGGGUUUUGAUACAUACAAUAAUUACUAUAUUGACAAGUAUAAUUUAUGUUAGAUAAAUUAAUUAUUUAUUGAAUGUAUGCCCUCAAGCAAGCGGUUUCUUUUAAUACAUUCUAAGACAGAGACAUAAAUUGACGUAGCCUAGUCAUAUACUAUCUCAAUUCAAAAUAUUUUUUAGAGAAGUGGAUAAAACGAAAAAACUUACCCCCUUAUACAUAAAAAUGUUUUAUAAACCUAUUUUAGUUGUUAAAGUAUUUUGUCCUUUCCUUUUACGCUAAAUUCUCAAUUUACAAGAUAGUGACAAAACAUUCUAACAGGAUAAAAAGGAUUGAAAAAGGUUUAAAUCUUAAUGAAGAGCAAUAAAUACUUUAAUUCGAGAGAGACAGAAAUAUAUUUAUUUUACAUUGACUAAAUAAUUUUUACAACUUGUAUCAAAAACAGGAAUAUCAAACAUAUCAAAACUUAAUAAAUCAUAUAGGUAAGUUUUAAUAAUUAAGUACCUAUUCUAAGUUAUUGAGUUACCAUUUGGAAAUAAGAAAAUUUAUUUAUUUAGAUCUAAUUCAAUAGUUAAUAGAUAAUUUUAAUCACUGUUAAAUGUUGUGCACGUUCAUAAUGAUAGUUAAAGUUUUAAUUAGGGCAAUAAUUUUUAUAGUAAUUAUUGUUUAUUUAGAUAAAUUAACAAUGUUAAUGAUACUUAUACUUUCCAAGAUGAAAAUGAAAUAUUUUGUUAUUUUGUGUACUGUUUUCCUUAAAUGUGUUAAUUAAUAACUAUAUUUCAUUAAUUUCAUGUUGAUAAUUUAAAAUUAUAUUUAGACUAUGCCAUUUUACGAAGUAUUACCUAAAUUUUAAUGUUACCUACAAUUCCUUGUAAAUAUAUCUUCUCAAAUUUCUUUCGAUAAGUUAAUUGUAUCUACAUCUUCA